AUGCCGUGGCCCGAAGCCGAGGAGAAUACCGGCCAGCCAGAUGGUGCGCUACAGGGCUCGCAUUCACAUUCACACUCGCCUCAACCUGUAGCUCCCGCCGCAGGUAGCAGCGAGCAGCCGGCGGAGUCGCCACAGGACCAACAGCUAGCUCCUGGCGGCCAUAACGGAGCCAUACCCGCUGGUAUCUUGGAAGGGAAACAGAAUGCUAGAGCUAUAAUGGGCGCCUCAGAGCUUCCGGACGGACCAGCUCAUACUGCUGAGGGCGGAGGAGAAGAAGGAAGUGUAGGAGGGAGCGGUAGUGGAGGAGGAGGAGGAGGAGGAGGUGGUGGUGGUGGUGGUGGGGAUGGCGAUGAGCCUGCUAGACAAGGUGGUGCUAGCUCACCUUCUCCGCAGGAGGCCAGCAUCACAAACGGAAACGGAGUCAGCCGGAAACGGUCUCGUUCUGGCUCUAUCAUACAGUCUACAGCUGCUGUGCCUGCUUCCGCUGCUGCUGCUGCAGCAUCUCCUGUAAUAGAGGAUGACGGUCUGCCGCGCAAGACACCCCUAGACAAGGUGCUUUUGGAAGACUACCUAUACCGAGAAUGGGGCCACUCCGCCCUUGCCGCUACACGGAAUACACACCAGGAAGUCCUCCGCCAGAAACUCCAGGAAAGAGACUACUAUCUUGCCCUCAACCAGGAAAGACAGGUCAAUCCAGCUGCUAUCUUCGGCCCGGGCUACGAAGGAUACGGUAACACCAGGACAGAUCUUAGGUCACAGCACCCACAGCUUCUCUACCCAUCUAACCGGAGGCGGCCAGGUGGGCGGAAGGCUAAAGAGCUGCGCAUACCUCGAGAGGACAUGCUUACCCAGUCAGACCAGGAUGAACAUCUCGUUCCUAUCAGGCUCGACAUCGAUUGGGAAAAGGUCAAGGUUCGGGAUACUUUUACAUGGAAUCUCCACGAUCGCGUCACCCCGGUCGACGUCUUUGCCGAGAAGCUGGUGGAGGAUCUCGGUCUACCGCUCGAAUCUUGUGGCCCGCUUGUGCGGCAGAUCACUCAGAGCAUUCAUGAACAGCUUGCAGACUUUUACCCCCAGGUCUUUAUCGAAGAUGAGCCUCUGGAUCCACACUUGCCCUACUCCGCCUACAAGAACGAUGAGCUCCGGGUUCUCAUAAAGCUGAAUAUCACCAUCGGACAACACACGCUUAUAGACCAGUUCGAAUGGGAACUGAACGAUCCCCAUAAUUCCCCUGAAGGGUUUGCUAUCCAAAUGUCCCAGGACCUGUCCUUACCGGGAGAAUUCACCACAGCAAUCGCACAUUCUAUCCGUGAACAGGUCCAGCUAUUCACCAAGAGUCUGUACGUCGUCUCAUACCCCUUCGACGGCCGACCAAUCGACGAUCCAGACCUGAGAGACGCUUUCCAACCAUCCCCUAUUCCAUCCACUUUCCGCCCCUUUAACGUUGCCAAGGAAUAUACCCCUUACCUAUACGAACUCAAUGAAGCAGAACUUGAUCGGACGGAAGGCUCCAUCUCGCGUGAGCAACGACGACAGAAACGAGUCAACAGGCGAGGAGGACCGAUCCUGCCUGAACUCAAGGACCGUCAACGAACUAUUCGGACUAUGAUCGUUUCCUCGGUCAUACCAGGGUGCGCCUCGUCCAUUGAAGAAAGUCGACUAUUCAAACGGUCAAGUACCAGUCGCCGUGGCAGAACCUCUACCGGCCACCGUGAUGGUCUGGAAGAGUCGGACUCCUCCGAGAGCGAAGAGUCUUCCAUCGGAUCUCCGGCUAUGUCUCGUCUCAACCAGGGAACCGCUAGAACAAGAGGCAUGAGACAAGCGUCUUCCAUGGCCCAGUCAGCCAUACGAGGACAAAUGGGUCGCUCAGCAACGCCCGAGACAACCGUAUCCCACUCUCACGAAACAAGAACAUCCGCCAGACGGCAGAACUAUAGAGAGGAAAGCUCAGAGGCACCCGAGAACCUUAUUGUUAAACUGAAGAUAAAUCCGGAUAAGUUACGACGCCUCAUGCGCGACCUCAAGUCUGGCUCGAAACAAUACACGGGGUCUCCCAGUGGCCCAUCCACAACUCCCACAGGGAAGUCAAGUGCUCGUGGAUCUAUGGGGCCUCCACCGUCCCAAGGCCAGCCUGGCUCAGCGACAAAGAAGCCAACCAACCCUCCCCAGUUCCAUGGUGUCAUUGACGCACCCCAUCCAUUACCCCCAGGAACUCAGCCGCCCCCUCCUCCCCAGUGGCUCAUCCAAGGCCUUGUAGGCCUUAAACGACAAUACCCCAACGACUCCUUUGAAGGAACAAUGCGCUACACAGCCGUAGAUCCAAACACAAACCUCCCUAUCCCCAACGCAGCCCAAACACAUCCCGGCCAAAAACUACCAUACAAAUACUUCCCCCGAAUCCGCUGCAAUGACUGUCCUGGAAAACUCUACACACCCGGCCCAGCAAUGACAGUCGAGAACUUUGAGGUCCAUCUCAAAAACAGAAAUCACAAGGAGGCCGUUGCGGCGCGAUUAGCGAGGGAGAAAGGGGGUAGCGGCCCACCUCCCGUUCGACGGACACCAAGCAACAGCUCAGCAACUAAAGAAAGCAGUGCACCAACUGGUACGAGCACGUCUGCAGGUAACGAUUCGUCUGGUGCUGCGUGAUGGAACGCAUUUAUGAAAUAAGCGAACACUCAAGUGCAAACAAGCCAGCUUAAUGCCAAUGGACGGAUAGAUGGAAUCAAUUAUACAUAUUUACGUUACCCCUUCCCUCCCCACCAUCGAUUCUCACAUUCAUACGCCCCGCCACUCUCAUUGAUACUUGUCUGUCCAUUCCUUCUCCUUUCCCUUUCCAUUUACUUACCUCACUGGGAUCUCGGCGGAAUUCGAGCGGAUUCAAUUAUCUAUUUUUUUGGCAUGGUGCAUUUUUCUCACGCUCCUACCGUUUAUUCUUAAACUUCUGUUUCGUUAAUAUACCUUCUAGUUACCUUUUCUCUUGCUGUCUUACUUUCUCUUUCUUGGGACAAGAUGCAUCCUAUUAUUACUCUUCGUUAAUUAUUAAGAGAGGUGUUAGUGUAGACUUGUUCAAAUAGGCGGUAAUAUGUGAAUACAGACAUGAUGUAGAAGAGUGGCUGAACCCAUCUAAUUCCAUAACUACAUGGCUGGCUAUCUACUGUUACCUACACGCAGAUAAAAAAAAGGAAAAUCAAAGAAAAGAUUUGAAGCAAUUAUAUGCACAGAGAUAUUUGGUUAACGUAAAAAGAUGGAGAUCAGAUGCCGGCAAAAUCAAUGGGGGAAAGGGGGAUUUUUAAAAGACAUGGGCAGCGUUGAGUAAAGUGAGCGUUGAAACUAAUAUAUCAGGUUCAUGAUUUGACGUUUCUCUUCGGUCUGCCUGGUGGAUUUUUCACAGUUUUGGGUGCGGGCUUUGCUGGACGGCCUCGUUUGGACUUUCGUGUCUCCAGGGCUGGCGAGGAUGGCUCAGGCGUUGGCGACGAUGAUACCUCCGGCGUUGAUAGGUCCUGGGGAACAUCGCUCAUCUCGGCGUCUUCAGGCACCUGAGGGAGAUCGUUCUCUUCACCUUCACCCUCCUCGGCACUGUCGUUGUCACUGUCAUCUUCUUCCGAGUCAGGGGCCUCCUCCCGCUGAUCCCCUCUUUCAUCCCACGCUUGCAUUUCCUUGUCGUCUUCAUCACUGUCACCCUCCGCAUAGCUAACAUUCAUAUUCUUCGUACCUCUACCGGAUCUCCGUCGCGCUGCUGCUGAUGAAGGCUUGGCCCCUUCAUCGCCGUCAGAAUCCCAAUCAUCUCCGUCCUUCUUUUUCUUGCGUUUGGGCUCAG